AGCACUCGAGGUCCUAUGUGGUGUGUAUUGUUGGCAAUCAACUUUACAAAUUCAAUUGAAGAUGAUCAAUGUUUGUCACAACUGAUUUAAGUAUUUUCAAACACAUGAAAUGACCAUCAAGUUAAGUGCAAGCGGAUCACGAUAAUUCUCAAAAGAGGACACAUGAAAGAUAACGCGGAGAUCGAUUGUAAUGACAAGGGUGUUGAGUUCUUGAAUGUCCAUAUUGAUGCACCAAUGUCUCAAGUUCUCAAUGACCAAGAUUGUAAUGUCAAAGAUUUAAUCUUCCCUCAUGGUGUAGCUUGGGAGAACGAUUCGGACUAUGGUUUGGCUGUGAUUCAAUUAACACAUUUCGAUUGUGGAGGAAUUGCAGUGAGUACAUGUUUGUCACACAAGAUUGGAGACGCGUGUAAUGGUUUACAAUUCUCAAUCGAUUGGGCAACAUUAACGCGCGAUUCAAAUGCAAAAAUAACUCCACCUUAUUAUAUAAGUGACACUAUUUUUCCAUCACCACCAAGUGGUCCUCUGGAUUCCCCUGUUGUUCCAUCAAUAUUAGAUGGAUGUACACAAAAAAGGUAUAUUUUUUCCUCAUCAAAAGUGAGUGAACUUAGGUCCUCUGUUGCUAGUGAAUCACAUGUGAAAAAUCCUACACCUACUGAAGUCCUUAGUGCACUUCUUUUCAAAUGUGUUGCUAAAGCAGUGACCGCGAACUCUGGCUCCUUUGUCCCUUCUAAAUUGAUCCAAUAUGCAGAUUUACGCGGAAUGAUUUCACCAAAGUUACCACCUAACUCUAUUGGCAAUGUUCUGUCUCACUUUUCGACACAUAUUUCCAAUGAGACAGACAUGAACUUACCACAAAUAGUUAGUCUCAUGAGGGAAGAAAAACAACUAUUUAGGACUAGAGAUAAUAUCAAAGAAAAUGCAUGGGCAUUGGAGAUUCUUCAAUUAGCUAAAGGAUUGCCACCCAAGAAGAAGGAAUUUGAUGAGUAUACUUGUAGUAGUGUGUGUAAAUUUCCAUUCUAUGACGUCGAUUUUGGUUGGGGCAAGCCAAUGGCUGCAACCAUAGCUACUGGUCCAUACAAGAAAUUGUUCAAUUUGAUGAACUAUAAAGACGAUGGCAUCGAAGCAUUCGUCAUGUUAGAUGAACAAGACAUGUCUGUAUUUGAGCGCGAUGAAGAGUUUCUUGAAUUUGCUUCUCCAUAUGCAAAUUAUUUUUAGAAGUUGAGAUUUAUGUUGUGGAUUAUGAGUGUUCAUGAAUAAUAAGUGAAUUUAUAGUUUUUGUAAGCAUUGGGCAUGUAUUGAUAUGUUUAUGUACUCCUAAAUAAUACUUCAUUCGUUUCAA